AUGCAGGGCUUUAAUAUGGGGCGGUACUACCCGCCUGACGCCUCGAAUCCUCCAAGCUUCAACAACUCCUCACACCCACUCGGCAAACGCGCAAACAAAAUUUCCCAGGGCAUCCUCACAGUCCGCUUCGAACUGCCCUUCGCCGUGUGGUGUGAUCACUGCAGUCCGCCCGCCAUCAUCGGUCAAGGUGUACGUUUCAACGCCGAGAAGAAGAAAGUGGGCAACUACCACAGCACGCCCAUAUGGAGUUUUCGCAUGAAACACAGUGCUUGUGGUGGCUGGUGGGAGAUUAGAACGGAUCCGCAGAACAGCGAAUAUGUUGUCACAGAAGGGGCGCGAAGAAGGGAUUAUGGGCCUGCUGGAAAGGGAGAUGAGGCGUUAGCCGAGGGAGACCUCAAAUUCCUGACUGAGGAAGAGAAGCAGAAGAGGAGGGAAGAUGCCUUCGCAAGUCUAGAGGGGAAGUUGGAGGAUAGAGGGAUCGAAAAGAAGAACAAGGAGAGAGUUGAGGAGUUGUACGAUAAGGCGGAGGUUUGGAGGGACCCAUACGAUGUUAAUGCGAAAUUGAGAAGGGACUUUCGGGAAAAGCGGAAAGUUUGGAAGAAAGAAGACAAACACAAGGAGGGUAUGCAGGAUAAGUUCAGUCUGGGACUGGAUAUCGUGGACGAGACUGAGGCAGACCGCACACGAGCUGGGCUGGUCGAGUUUGGUUCUACAGCAACGGACGACCGGGGAGGGGGUCGUUUGGAGUGGAAACCUCUUUUCGCGGACACAAAGGUGGAAGAAAAGGCCACAAACGACAAGGCUGUUCAUCCUAUACCGCCGACGAAGAAACUUAAGGCAGAAAUAGCCAGGGAGAAGAGUCGACUGGGACUGCAGCAAACACUUGUCGGAAACACAAAAGCCGCCAUUGAUCCGUUUCUGCACAAUGGUAGCAUGCCAGCUUCCAGAGUCAACUUGGGUAUACUGAAGAGGAAGAGAGAUACUGAUACAACCGGUAUAGACGCGGCGCCUGAGAAUGCAGGUGCUGAGGCGCCAACCAAGAAACCUGCUCUGCUUGAAGCUCUGGUGGGCUAUGAUUCCGAUUGA